AUGAAGAAUCAAAUUUUCUCAGGUGCUUUUCUCUCCAUCUUAAUCAUUCUUGCUUCAAACUGGAGCAUUGAAGCUCAAACAUGCAAGCCUAGCGGCAAGAUCAGGGGGACAAAGCCUCCUAAGGGACAAUGCAACAAGGACAAUCAGUCCGACUGCUGUGAAAAAGGCAAGUUUUACACCACUUACACGUGCUCGCCGCGGGUGUCUAAGCGUACAAAAGCAACCUUGACCAUCAACAGCUUUCAGAAGGGUGGUGAUGGCGGUGCUCCAAGUGAAUGUGACAACAAAUACCACUCGGAUAGCACCCGUGUCGUGGCUUUGUCAACGGGGUGGUUCAACAAAAGGAGCCGGUGUUUAGACGACAUUAUCAUCCAUGGUAACGGAAGGAGUGUCAAAGCCAAGGUUGUUGAUGAGUGUGACUCCACCGUGGGAUGUGAUGCUGAUCAUGAUUACCAGCCUCCAUGUCCUAACAAUAUUGUGGAUGCAUCCAAAGCUGUUUGGAAGGCCUUGGGAGUGCCAGAAAGUGACUGGGGUGAAUUGGAUAUAUUCUGGUCUGAUGCCUAA